AGGUGGCUCUGAUGGCUUGUUGGAGCUCUUCAUCUCUUUUCAUGCAUGCUGCUGCUUCUCUGGUUAUCUAUGACCCAACCUAGGGUUAGGGUUUGGGUACAACAACCUGUCCCACCAGCUGGUCCUCUGAUGAGUGUGGCCCUCUGGUGCAUUUCAGGAACACGGCACUGAAGUACAAAAUAUUAAAGGUGCAGAAACACAAUCAUCUCAAAGUGUUAAAGAUCACUUUGGACCCUCCUGACUCUUUAUUAUAACAUCAUCCUGCAAAAAGAAGGAGAAGGAAGAGAGAACAUAAAAACUGCUGAUGGAAAGAAAUCCUGAAACAAGGUGAAACUCAGAGGAAACAACACACACAGCAUCAACAUGUUGGUCUUCAUGAGAGUUGUUUGAUGUCCGUUUUGGCAAUUCUUUGAUCGGGGCUAUCACAUGUGGACAAAGGGAAAUCAAACUUGACCAAACCAUUUUGCUGAUAUGCAAAUCAAAGUAAUUUAGAUGACAAAAGCUUCCCCUCGUCUGCACAUUCUGCAUUUCGAUAUAAACCACAGCACAGCUGCAGCUGCCUGGGAGGCAAGCGACACCAACAACAAUGGGGAAGAUCGCAUUCUUCGAGGACAAGAAUUACCAAGGGCGGAGCUUCGAGUGCAGCACUGACUGCCCGGACCUGCGCUCCUACUUCAGUCGCUGCAACUCCAUCAAGGUGGAGAGUGGCUGCUGGGUGCUGUACGAGCGUCCCAACUACACAGGCAACCAGUACAUCCUGACCCCCGGGGAGUACCACGACCAACACCAGUGGAUGGGGUUCAGUGACAGCAUCAAGUCCUGUCGCUUUAUCAAAAAUGUGUACGGAAAGUCCUGGAAGGUCCGGUUCUACGACAAACAGGACUUUGGAGGUCUGUCUGCGGAGUGCGUCGAUGACUGCCCAUCGGUGUACGACGCCCUCAAGGUCCAGGAGUUCUACUCCUGCGUGGUGAUGGACGGCGCCUGGGUCCUGUACGAGCAGUCCAACUACCAUGGACACCAGUACUUCCUGGAACCUGGAGAGUACCACUGCUACACCGACUGGGGCGCCGCCUCCCCAGCCGCAGGGUCCUUCCGCAUGGUCAGAGAGUAUUAGAUCAACCAACCUGGGCUCUACAGUUAUGUAAUGAGUGUAAUGCUAACUGAGGCCGGCAGAGUUCUAGAGCUCUAAACAACAACCACUUCCGGAACUCGCAGCCCCGGAAGCUCUAGAACCAGGUUCCAGAGCCCCAGGGUAAACACAACUCUAAAUUCAUGUCAACACUUCUAGAAUCUUAAUGCCAAGUUCUGGAACAUCUAUGAAGUUCUAGAACCCCCUCUGUAAAAAUGUGUAGUUCUGGAAGGAUAAGACUUUCUGCCUCCCAUCUGCCCUCUAGUCCUGGACCCGUUCCCCUCCCCUGAAUCCUGAAUCCUGAAUCCUGAGUGUCACACUCACAUGAAUAAAAGCACCUCUUUCCUGA